AAAAUUGUCAGUUUAAAAAAGUUGUUUAUGUUACACAGACAAUUAAAAACGUAAAUCAGAAAAUAACAGUAAGAAAAAAUAAAUAAACAUAUUCCACAAUGCCGCUCGAAGUGAUAACCACAGAUCAGUUGAAAUACCAUCGUCUGGUGGCCAACAAGGAUAACAGCUCGAGAGAUCGUUGGCUAAAGUGUUUCAGCUGGUAUCCAGGCAGGCAGAACAUCGAGUUCAAUCGCGUCGGCCAGAUCUACUGCGAGAGCCAUCACAUAUACGGCGAGGAGGCAUUCCUGAAGUACGCGCAGCGCCAGCGAUUGAACAAGAAGCAUUGCUACUCCCAUGCCGAUGCGGUGAAGAUUCUGGAAAAGCAAGAAGAGGACAGUCGCGAUGUUAACAGCGAGCCCAAGGUGCCGCCCACCACGAACGCUGAAUAUGGGCGCUUUAAGCCCACACGAAUGCACUAUUGCUAAACACGACUUGGAAUAUAUAUAACACUUUUCAUUCAAUAAAACGCACUUCCUGACAAA